GGCGGAGCAGGUGGAACAGGCGGAGCAGGUGGAACAGGCGGAGCAGGUGGAACAGGCGGAGCAGGUGGAGCAUGAGAAGCAGGAGACAGUGGAUGAGCCGGAGAGCAACGCUAAGGAUGAAGCGGAUCCGGAAGUUGCCGCCAUGUCCGUCGAAGAAAGGGAACCAGAGUCAGAGAACGAUAACGAUGACGAUGAUGAGGAUGUAAUAGCUUCGGACAGCAAAGGAGCCAAUCCCCAGGAGGGUCAGCAACCAGGAGCCGGAGCACAGCCACCGGAGGACGACGGCAAUGAGUCACUCACAUCAGCAAUGGCCAUUGAGGGCUUUGUGCACGGUGCACCCGAGGAUUAUACAGUUCAGUCUCAAACUGCAGUUGAUGAAAAUGAGCGCAUUAAGCGCAUUGUGGAGUCCGGAGACUUGGAGCAGCUGGCCGAGAUUGUGCUGAAUGGCGAGGGCGGCAGCUUGGUGGGCCUGAAGUCGCCAGAACCGGAAAUACAGGCCUUUCUCAACAACGUGCCCAGCUAUAUGGAGAAAAUACAUCGCGUGCACGACGCGGCACGUGACGGAGGUUUGCUGGCACUGCAGCAGGCUCUGGAUCGCCGGAAGUUUGCCAUUGCAAAGAACGACAUAUCGCCCAACGGCUCCACACCCUUGCACGUGGCCGUCCUCUUUGGCCACACGGACAUCGUUCGGUACUUGGCGUCCCGCUUUCCGGAGACCAUGACAAUUACGGAUAAUGACGGACGCACGCCGCUUCAUUACGCAGCCACAAUUAAGGACAACGGCCAUUUCUACAACAUGCUCCUGCAGUUGGGCGCCAAUCCCAAAUCACUGGACAAGCUGGGCCACUCGGCCGAGUUUUACCUGGACAAGGAGAAGGCGAAAAACAUUCUCAACUACACCGAGCUGCUCAAUAUUUUCGGGGCGGAGGAACUGGAGAACCAGUUGCUCAAUGACCAGGGUCAGGCGCAGCCAGUGAGCUUUCAGGCCAAUCCAAUCUUCAAGACGGAGCAGGGAAAAUACCUGGCUGAUUCUCUCGCCGAUCCUUUGAUCAAGGCCCUCACUGAAAUAGCCAACAAAAGACCCAGAGAUCCCGUUGCCUAUCUGACCAACUACCUGCAGCACUUCAUGGGCGACCGCAAGCCAAUGACCGAGGUCCAAGUUCACUCGGGCAGCAGCAAGGCCAGUACUAGUUCCACAUCCACCCUGGCAUUGCCCAAGUCGAAUGCCAGCUCGAACCAAAGAUUGGGCAACACACGCAAUGGUCCUGGUCCCACCAAUGCCGAUCUCAUCGAGCUGGAUGCUCGAUCUGUAGCCGAGGAUGAGGAUGCGGAAGGAGCACUGGCGGUGCAGCACAUGGAGGAGCGGGAUGAGCACGGUCAAAGUAUGCUACACUUCGCAUGUGCCCGCUCUCAUCGGAGGGGAGCUCUCUACACUCUGAUUGAGGAGUCGGGCAUUGACAUCACCUACCGGGAUGAGCUAUAUCGAACUGCUAGAGAUGUCUCGCUCCAAGCGAAUCAGCCGAACAAUGCGGCCGAGAUCGAUCGAUAUGUCAUGGCACAGGCAGUUAUUGGCGACGUCGAACCUUUCGAACAACUCGCUCUACAAGGCUACGAUCACAUCCUGGACAUCGAAGACGAAAAUGGUCAGUCUAUAACAGAUGUGGUGCAGUCCCGACAGAACGCUGCUCUUGGAGAGUUCCUGGCCAACCUUAAGGCAUUGGAGGAAUCUCGCGAAGAGCUGCAUCAAAUGAUCAGGGAAAAUAACAUGGAGCGAGUGGUUGAGUUGACCAAUGUUGCCAAUGCCAAGUGGUUGAUAAGAACCAAGAACUAUUAUGGUCGAACCGCCCUGCACAUAGCAGUGCUGAAGGAGUCCGAGGAAAUGGUUCAGCACAUGGUGAAAAUCUGUCCCGAGGGCUUGAAAAUCACAGAUAACUUGGAACGCACUGUUCUGCAUUACGCCAUGGGUACCAAUGCGCUGGAGAGUGUGAGUCGGAUACUAAUUCAGAACGGGGCCAAGCGAACCGCCAAGGAUCUCAAAGGACGACAGCCAAGCUAUUACUUCAUCAACAAAGCGGACAUACUACGCCUGCAGGAGGAGGAGGAGGAGAGCCGCUGAGAGAUCGGAUUAAGCAAUAUGUAUAGUAUAUAGUAUACAAUAAAGUACAAGUAUAUAG